AUGUGUGAAAGACUUCUAAUUAAUAUUCAACUACGGUCAAAGACAACUCAUUCUGUGUCACUUUCAACAACAUCAUUUGUAGUAAGAUAUAGUCAUUCAGUCAAUUCUAACUAUGAUACAAUGCCAGAUAUCCAUGUAGCUGUUAGUAAAAUUCUUCCAGCAACUGAAAUUGAGAACUGUGAAUUAAUUAUUACACAGUACACAAAAAUCGAACAAAUUCAAUUACGACUAGAAUAUUGCUUUCACAAUCAAAUGUACAGUCAUCCGUACACUUUCUCAGUGCUUACAAAUGGACAAGAAUAUUUCACGGAUACCACGGGCUGGGUUAAUUUACCUACUGAGGAAUCAACUUUUGGAACUGAAAGUUCCGGAUGCCCAACUGCUCAAUUGAAGGUAGAGUUUUCUUUAGUAUCGCCUCCUAACGGCCAUAUAAUUGGGAAUACCGAACAAUCAACAUUAUCGGAAAUCGACGCCAUAGCCGAAAGGAUUCACGUCGAUGCCACAUUAGAAGAUAAUAAGCGUUUUAUUUCGUGUAUUGUACCAACGUUGCCACAAUAUCACAACUAUUUAGUCGCUAUAAAACAAUUCAUUGAUGGAACGGGCGAUUACUCCCCGUCACAGUAUCUAUAUGUGGAAAACAAAGAUCAAGAAAGAAUCCGCCAGAAAAAACGGGAAAAGCGAACAUUAGAUGCCGAGCCAAAAUUAAGAUAUGAUAGUAAGGAUGAGCCAGUCACUCUGUUUGAUUAUCAAUGCCCGCCAUUAAACGGUGAGUGCUAUAUAGCAUGA